AUGGAGACACAAACAGAGAGCAAAAAACGGAAGCUAGAUAUGUUGAAAAUUUGUACCCAUUCUGGAAGUUUCCAUGCCGAUGAAGCCUUGGCUGUCUACUUGUUGAGGAGUCUGAAAAAAUGGACCAACUCCACUCUCCUUAGAUCCAGAGAUCCUGCAAAGUGGGAAGAAGCUGACAUUGUGGUAGACGUUGGUGGAAAAUAUGAUGAUGUCAAGUUUUUCGACCACCACCAGAGAGAAUUCAGCACCACGUUCUCGGAUAAGUAUCAAACAAAGCUGAGCUCUGCUGGUCUGGUUUUCAAGAAGUUUGGUAAAGAAGUUAUUGCUGAAAAACUCAACUGGGACUUGAAUGAGGAAUCCACGAACAUCAACAUUUUAUAUGAAAAGCUGUACAAGGAUUUCAUUGAAUCUGUUGAUGCUAACGACAAUGGUGUCUCAAAUUAUGAAAAUACUAAUGAAAGAAAGUUCAAUGACAAAAACUUCACCCUUGCCUCUGUUGUCUCCAAUCUCAACCCGUUGUGGGUUGAUGAACCAACUGAUGCUGAUUUCGAUAAGCAAUUUGAAAAAGCUUCUGAGAUUAUGGGCCAAGUAUUUGACAAUUUGUUAUUGAGUUAUGGGCGUUCUUGGUUGCCUGCCAAACAAUUCGUUGAAAAAGCUUUUGACGAGAGAUUUCAAGCUCACCCAAGUGGUAAAGUAUUAGUCUUUGAUAGAUUUGUUCCUUGGAAGGAGCAUCUUUAUGGUGUGGAAAUUGCCAACAAAUGUCACGGAGAAAUCCUUUACGUUUUAUUCCCAGAUUCAGGUAACAACUGGAGAAUUGCUGCUGUCCCUGUAAGUUCUUCUUCUUUUGAAAGCAGAAAGGCAUUGCCUGAGCCCUGGAGAGGAUUGAGAGAUGAAAAACUGUCGGAAGCUGCCAACGUCGAAGGUUGCGUUUUCAUCCAUGCAGCUGGUUUCAUUGGGGGCGCCAAUUCUAAGGAAGGUGUUUUGAAGCUUGCUGCUCUCGCAGUGGACAACUAA